AUGACUGUCACUGUUGAAGAGCCCAUGUCUGAAGAGAAGGACAGUCAGGAGAAGAAACCGGCUCUCGUUCCCAGCCUGUUCCCGUUCAUCCCCCCCACACUCUAUUUCAGUACUAUCAAUGAACAAGUUGAAAUGCUCCCGAAAGAGCAGAUGCGACUUUUAAAAUGGAAGAUGAGCACUGUCACACCCAAUGUUGUGAAAAAUGCUGUCGCCAGGUCGCACUUCACAUACACCAAAAAAAGCCACGACUGGUUAGGCUGUUGGGGCCACCACAUGAAGUCUCAUUGUUUCAAGACUCUUCAAGAGCACCAGAAAUUGAACCACUUCCCAGGAACCUUCCAGAUUGGCAGGAAAGACAGACUGUGGAAGAAUUUGUCCAAGAUGCAGAGUCGUUUUGGCAAACCGGAGUUCAGCUUUUUCCCACGCACUUUUGUCCUUCCCCAGGACAUUCUACAGCUACGGAAAGCCUGGAAAGAGGGGUCCAGACAAAAGUGGAUCAUCAAACCUCCUGCUUCAGCUAGAGGAAUAGGAAUACAGGUCAUUCACAGGUGGAGCCAGAUGCCACGCAGGAAGUCACUUCUAGUCCAGAAGUAUCUCCACAAGCCCUACCUCAUCGGUGGGAACAAGUUUGACCUGCGCAUCUAUGUCUAUGUGACAUGCUACGACCCACUCAGAAUAUACAUCUUCUCAGAUGGACUGGUCCGCUUCGCAAGCUGCAAGUAUUCGCCCUCCAUGAAAACACUGAGUAACAAGUUCAUGCAUCUGACGAACUACAGCGUCAACAAGAAAAAUGCUGAAUACCAGGCCAACAGUGAUGACAAAGCCUGCCAGGGACACAAAUGGACACUGAAGGCCUUGUGGAAGUAUCUUGGCUGCAGAGGUGUAGACACAAUUGUGAUUUGGGAGAAGAUUAAAGAUAUUGUCAUCAAAACGAUAAUUGCAUCAGAACCGUAUGUUAACUCUCUACUUAAGAUGCAUGUGCGCUCACCGUAUAGCUGCCACGAGCUGUUCGGCUUUGAUAUCAUGCUGGAUCAAAACCUAAAACCUUGGAUCCUAGAGGUCAACAUUUCACCCAGCCUCCAUUCCAACACAGCGCUAGAUGUUGCAGUCAAGAGCCAAAUGAUCCGAGACCUCUUGAAUCUGGCGGGCUUCCGUAUUCCUCAACAUGAGGAAGAAGUUGUCUUAGGUGGAAGCACCUCCAGCUCCAAUAGCAGUCUGUGUGGCGUGAGUAAGGAGAUGACUAAUCUGGAGGUCUCAAUCGAUGAAAAGGCCAAACGGGCUUUUUACCUCAAACAGCGCUUUGCUGACCAGCGUAUCCUGGCAACAGUGUUGGAUGUUUUGACUCCCAACGAUGUCCGUGUGCUCGCCGAGAGCGAAGACGAGUUGAGCCGCCGUGGAGAAUUUGAGCGCAUUUUCCCAUCGGCUUCCUCAUCCAAAUACCUACGAUUCUUUGAGUCUCCGAGGUACCUCAGCAUUGUGUUGGACCAGUGGGAGCACAAGUACUGGAACAACAGGACUAAAGGUAUCAAUCUGCUUAGGCCUUUGUGUCAGAAGGGAGUCCAUCUCGGUAGCACUGAUCCCGCUCACAUUUGGUCGACAUAUUGCCACAUCUCUAAGUUUGAACGUCACAGAGAAUCACCUCUCACUCCAUCUAAAUCCAGAGUUGUGGUCAUCCACCAGUCUGAUCAAAUGGAUAUGGAAAGGGAGGCCUUUGUUUCCAGUCCGCCCACUUUGCAAAGUCCAGGAUCCAGUGCCGCCAGCAGCACCUGUGCCAGUCCACACCCCAGCCUGUGA